GUCUCACGCGGUGAAUAAAAGCACCAUCAUCCUCCCGCAACAGGAACGUCGUUGUGCUGGAGAUAAGGGCAUCCUCCCAGCUCUGCACGCUCAUGACUACCGACUAGGGCCGCUCAUUUACGCUUCGAGCCGGGCGACAACAGGACCGCAUCAUGGUGAAACACCGUCCCGAGAGAGACAGCUGGGGUGAGUGGUCCCUGAGCGACAAAAAUGUCUACGAGUGGAGCUCCGAGGAGGAGCCGGACGGACGAGCCCGGCCCAUCCAGGUGCUGCUGGUCAAAGACGACCACACCUUCGAGCUGGACGAGGCGGCGCUGAGUCGGAUCCUGCUGUCCGAGGAGGUCAGGGACCGCGAGGUGGUGGCCAUCUCCGUGGCGGGAGCUUUCCGCAAGGGCAAGUCCUUCCUCAUGGACUUCAUGCUGCGCUACAUGUACAACCAUGCGUCUGAAAACUGGCUCGGAGAUGCGAGCGAGCCGCUGACCGGCUUCUCCUGGAGAGGGGGCUCAGAGAGGGAGACCACCGGGAUCCAAAUCUGGAGCGAGGUCUUCCUGGUGGACAAACCAGACGGAAGCAAGGUCGCCGUGUUGCUGAUGGACACGCAGGGCACGUUUGACAGCCAAUCCACGCUGAGGGACUCGGCCACUGUGUUCGCCCUGAGCACCAUGAUCAGCUCCAUGCAGGUUUACAAUAUAUCACAGAAUGUACAAGAGGACGACCUCCAGCACUUGCAGCUUUUCACUGAGUAUGGAAGACUAGCGAUGGAGGAGACGUUCCUCAAACCUUUCCAGUCCCUGAUUUUCCUGGUUCGGGACUGGAGUUUUCCAUAUGAGUUUCCUUACGGACAGGAGGGGGGCAUGAAGUUCCUCGAGAAGCGACUGAAGAUUUCAGAGAACCAGCACGAGGAGCUCCAGAACGUGCGAAAACACAUCCACUCCUGCUUCACCAACAUCUCCUCCUUCCUGAUGCCUCACCCCGGCCUCAAAGUGGCCACCAACCCUCACUUUGACGGAAGAAUUAAAGAGAUCGACAACGAGUUCAUCAACAACCUGAAGAUCCUGGUGCCCUGGAUCCUCAGCCCCCGCAACAUCGACGUGAAGGAGAUCAACGGCAGCAAGAUCACCUGCAGAGGCCUGCUGGAGUACUUCAAGGCAUACAUUAAGAUAUACCAGGGUGAGGAGUUGCCGCAUCCAAAGUCAAUGCUGCAGGCCACAGCAGAAGCCAACAACUUAGCAGCGGUCGCAGCGGCGAAGGAUCUGUACAACAAAAAAAUGGAGGAGGUCUGCGGGGGCGACCGGCCCUUCCUGGCCCCCAGCGAGCUGCAGAACCGACACGGGGCCAUCCGGGAGGAGGCCCUGCAGCUCUUCCGCGGCGUCAAGAAGAUGGGCGGCGAGGAGUUCAGCCGCCGCUACCUGCAGCAGCUGGAGGGCGAGAUCGACGAGGUGUUCGUCCAGUACAUCAAGCACAACGACUCCAAGAACAUUUUCCACGCCGCGCGCACGCCGGCCACGCUCUUCGUGGUCAUCUUCGUCAUGUACGUGGCGGCGGGCAUCACGGGCUUUGUGGGCGUGGACAUCAUCGCCAGCCUGUGCAACAUGAUCCUGGGCCUGGCGCUGAUCACGCUCUGCACCUGGGCCUACAUUCGCUACUCCGGGGAGUACAGGGAACUGGGCGCCGUCAUCGACCAGGUGGCCGGGGCGCUUUGGGACCAGGGGAGCACGAACGAGGCUCUGCACAAGCUGUACAAUGUAGCGGCCAAUCACCGGCACCUGUACCACCACGCUUUCCCCGGAGCGCACGCGGACGCCGCUGCCGCCGCCGAGGAGGAGCGGGACAAGAAGAAGGACUGAUGACGACGCAGCAGGGACUCUCUUCUUCUUUUUUUGUUUUUUUGUUUGUUUGGGGUGGACACCACCACCCGUCGGGCACUUCUUUACUCUGACGUCGGCUCCAACAAAUCCAAGUCGCUACUUACAAGGUUCACGCAUCAGAAACGUCGGAGCGCCGCCGCGGUGAGCGUCGGCCGCCGCGCGGGCGCCAGUUCUUCUUGCACCGUCGUCUUUCACCUUUUCGUCUCUGGGCACUCAGCUGGAGGAGACCUCAGAGUCUGCUGUUUAUUUCAUAUCACACAACAUUUCCUCAGUCGUUUUGAUGCCGGGGCAUUUCUUCUUCUACUCCUUCCUCUCCUCCUUCUUCUUCUACUCUUUCUUCUUCUUCUUCCCCUCCAAGGUGUUGCCCACUAUGUUGAAAUAACCACUCGUGACAAACGUUCUUUAGGGUCUCGUGCUGUUUAUAUCCAAGAUCUGCAAAAGGCCAAAUUAUGUACAGUGUGUUGAACAAUGAAGCAGCAUUAUCUGCAUGUUGAUGUUUCUCAUCUUUAAGCUCAGAAUUCAGGUACACUUUUUAAAAAUAUAUAUCUAUAUGUUUUAACGGUUGUGACAAAGUGGUGUUGUGCCAUAAAAUGUAAACGUUUUGUCUUUAUUUUUAUUUAUUUAUUUAUUUACUUUACAUCUGCGUCAGCCCGGGUAAAUGCAGACACACGAAGGCGCGGUUGGAGUUGGAGGCAAACGCAGUGCCUUGCAGCUUUCGGUUGCGUUGGAACCACAAACCUUCGAUGUAUUUGAUUGGGACUUUCUGCCAUUUUCUACCAUUCUGCUGCAUUCCCCCUCCGUUCCCUCUUUUCCUGGCAGCCCCCAUCAGCUUGGAUGAAGAGCAUUUGUGAAGAUCGGGUUUUUUUUUAAUUUGCCACACCGAUUCUCAAACGCACCGAGCAAUGACUUUGACUAGGCCCCUCGUUACGCUAUUGUGUUGAGUAGCUGACCUGCUAAAAGGUGAAAUUCAGUUUCCAGUCGUAUAGAUUCUGUUGAGAUUUUCUCAUAACAGAAUCUCAUAAAAACAUUUUUUUGUUUUUAUUUAUUUUAUUGAGUUGAAUCAACUCUAAGCAACCUGCUGGAGAAAAGCAUCCCCACAGCAUGACGUUGCCACUGAACCUUUGCAUAAUUCACCACAAUAUUUCCUGUUGAGUGAAAACAUUUGAACUUUUAGUGCACUACUUGCCAUAUGUGUUUAUUAGCUGGUUGUGUUUCAUUUGCAUAAGAUGCAACAUUUUCCUCCCACUUUCAGACACUUGGGACACUUUUUGGGAUUCUGUCAUGGAGAAACAUUGAAGAACGUGGCUGUAAGACGGGACAAAAAGCAGGAAGGUUUCAGGCGGAAGCUUUUCCGAGGCACUGUUUGUUUGACAAAGCUCCAAGAGACGUCGAGGCGUUACAGUGCAGCAUCAGUUUCAAGUUCCCAGAUCACGACUGGCAUCGUCACCUCAUCUUUUUUUUUGGUUCUGCUUGCAGCUUUGCAUUUGUGCAGCGUCUCUCCUUCAUCCCAAUGCCUGUGUGUUUGGCCUUUGAAGUCGAAAGGUCGCGCACGUGUGUGUGUGUGUGUGUGCGUUCAGCUUCUAUCGUGACAAAGAGGAGGCCGACGGACCCAUUGUUCUGUCUCUCGCUGAAUGUUCCAGCAAAUCCCAGGAAUGUAGCCGUCCUGCGCCCGCUGGAGGAGUGGAAGCUGGGUGCUGCCGGGCGUGGCCACCGGCCCGGCUUUGGGAAAAGCCUCCUCAUUCCAGACCUCAUCCGUCAUCUUGAACACGCGUAACUCGAACCCUCCGAGCGAAGAACCCAUCGGUCGCGUGGCGACGAGAGAAGCUCACAUUCAUAAACACAAAGCUUUUGAUGGUGACAGACUUUUCUCUCUUUUUGUUUGUUUGAGGCGUGUGGAGGCUUUGAGUUCACUGCUUGGUUUCUAGUCUUCCACAGGGUGUUAUCAGCAUCAAGGAGGCUUUCAGUCGAAUCGCUUCAUCUCUUGAAAUCCCGUACGUCGAGUGUUUUCGGUGGUCUUUUUCACGAGUCCGAGAAGUCGUUUUGUUUGUGUGGAAUGAGAUGGAAACACACUUUUACCAGUUUCUUCUCCCUCCAUCAUCCCUCCUCUCCGCUUAAAGGCAAGUGUUAAACGAGUCGACGUCUUUCAGACUAUCUGUUUGGCUUCAGCACACUGCAGAGUUAGUCACAAAGAGAUAAAUAAAGUUGGACCAAAUUGAUGAAAACAAA